AUGGACAAGAACCUUGCCGAAAAUUCCGGCAGUUUCGUUCACAGAGACGAACCAAAGAAUGCCGGUGACACGCCGCAUUCUCCGCCAAAAGCGGAUCCCAAACCUGACGGCGACACCGCCAAAGCGGAACCCCCGGCUCCGACGGUGCAUCAUGGAGGAAACAGGGAGGAGAAAGAAGAGGCUGUGGAGUGUCCUCUCCCGAGCCUCGAGAAGGUUUCAGAAGACAUUGACCAAUUGCUCGUGACUUUGCAGUGGAACCACGACGAUGAUAAAGAUAGCAACAAAGGAAAUGCAGAGAGGAACAUUGAGAUCCCUGGUUUCGUGGAGAGGUACUUGGAUCUGGUGGAGGAGAAGAUAGUGAAAUAUGACACAGGAGAAGGCAAAGCCAAAUGGGUAGAAGUUGUGGAGGAAGAUUCGUGGUUGCUGGAAACCGUGCAUCGGAUUUCCAAGUUGAUGAAUUUGCUGACUCAUCAUAACGAACCGAAAGAAGGAAACAAUGGUCAAAGAGACUCGCUGGUGAACCGUAUUGGCUCCAUUCAACAGCGUGCGAUGUCGUAUUUGGAGGAGGACUUCCGUCUGUUAAUGGAAGAAUCUAGAAACCCAACAGAAUUAGAUCCCGGCGGAAACAAUCAGAAUAACAACAACGACUCCAAAGGGAAACAAGUAGCAUCAGAACAACAAGACGUGCAGGAUCACGAUCAUCAACAACCAGAAUCCGAAACCACUUUCCCGGGUUACCCGGAGGAGGCCAUCGCCAGCCUGAGAAAAAUCGCCGCCGAGAUGUUAUCCGGCGGCUACGAAUCGGAGUGCUGCCAGGUCUACAUUAUAUCCAGAAGGAACGCGUUCGAAGAGAUCCUCCAGAAGCUAGGAUUGGAGAGGAUCAGCAUCGAUGAAAUGGUCCAGAAGGUGCAAUGGGAGACCCUGGCCAGAGACAUGAUCCCCGCCUGGAUCAACACGUUCAAGCAAUGCGCCGCCGUAUACUUCCCCGGCGAGCGGAGGCUGGCGGAGACCGUGUUCGCUGAUAACCCCUCGGUAGCCGCAGGGCUCUACAGCAGCCUCUCCCGCGGCGUUGUCAUUCAGCUUCUCAACUUCGCUGAGGGCGGAGCUAUGACAAAGCGCGCCGGAGAGAAGCUUUUCAAGCUCCUGGACAUGUACGAGACCCUCAGGGACGUGAUCCCGAAGCUCGACGGGCUAUUCCCAGAAGAAUCAGUGGAGGAGCUGAAGACGGAAAUGAACCUGGCCAAGUUACGACUUGGGGAGGCCGCCAUCUCCAUCUUCUGCGACCUAGAGAACUCAAUUAAAUCCGAGACAGCUAAAACUGCGGUCCCAGGCGGAGCAGUGCACCCGCUCACACGCUACAUUAUGAACUACCUCAACAUAGCAGGGGACUAUAAAGAAACAUUGGAGCAAGUUUUUAAGGAGUACUCAAAGAUCGAGCGCGCCGACUCAACGAGCAAUGCGCGGCACGAAAACGGCGGCGUUUGGGAUAAGGGAGCAUCUUCGCCGUUCACGGCACAGGUGAUGAGGGUGAUGGAGUUGCUGGACGCGAGCCUAGAUGGAAAGGCUCGGUUAUACAGGGACGUGUCGCUGAGCAAUUUCUUCAUGAUGAACAACGGAAGGUACAUUCUGCAGAAGAUAAAGGGGUCGCACGAGAUGAGCCAAGUGAUGGGUGACACGUGGUGCAGGAAGAAGUCUUCUGAGUUAAGAACUUACCAUAAGAACUAUCAGAGGGAAACUUGGAACAGGGUGCUGGCGUGUCUGAACCAAGAAGGGUUGAACGUGAAUGGGAAGGUGUAUAAGCCUGCGCUGAAGGAGAGGUUCAAGAGCUUCAAUGCAAUGUUCGAUGAGAUUCACAGGACGCAGAGCACGUGGGUGGUGAAGGACGAACAGCUUCAAUCGGAGCUUAGGGUUUCCGUUUCGUCAGUGGUGAUUCCGGCUUACAGGUCCUUCAUUGGUAGGUUCUCGCAGUAUUUGGACCCCGGAAGACAGACAGAGAAGUAUAUAAAAUACCAAGCAGAAGACAUAGAGACUUAUAUUGAUGAGUUGUUUGACGGGAAGCCUCACCAGUCCAUUGCUAGAAGGAAAACAUAA